AUGACAUCUUUUGAUUUACCAAAAGAUUACUAUGGUAAAUUAUUUAUAAAGAUUGUAGAGGCUAGAAACACACUUGCAUUAGAUAUCACAGGUACGAGUGAUCCCUACUGUUUGAUCACUCUAUUACAAGCAGGACAAGAAUACGAUAAAUCAAAAGCUAGUACUACUGAUAUAUAUAGAACAGAAACCAUUUACAAGACAUUAAACCCACAAUGGCAUAGUGAAGAAUAUGUAUUUGAUGUAUUAAAGUGCUCUUCAAGUAUUUUCAUUGAAAUAUGGGACGAGGAUAAGCUUUCUAAAGAUGACAGAAUGGGACAACUUUCAAUAAACAUUGAUGAAUACAGAGGAAAGGGAAUGAAGGAUGUAUGGUUGCCAAUACAAGGAAAAAAGGCUAGCAAGAAACUAAAAAACAGAGGAGACAUUCGUCUUCAAAUAUUAUUUCAAUCAUAUGAAACUUUUAUUCAAUUAUUAAAUCAUGAACAAAAUAUUAUACCAAAAUCAAUUAGCAAAACAAUUAUCUCUGAUGAAUUUACAAAAUCAUUAUUGUAUACUUUGUCAACUCAAUCAAGUAUUCUCUCUGUCAUUUCCGAUAUUUUGACACUCGAAAUUAAUUCAACCAUUGAUCCAAAUGUCCUCUUUAGAACUGACUCUUUGGCAACUAAAUUAACAGUAACCUUUUUCAAAUUAAUUGGUUUUACAUAUUUAAAAGAUACAUUACAAAAACAUAUUUUAAAUAUUAUUAUUAAUAAUAUAACGUUUGAAGUUGACCCAUCAAAAGGUGUAAGCGAUGCUGAAGUCGAAGCCAAUUUUGGAAUAUUUUUACAUCACUGCCAGAUCUUUUUGGAUGCCAUCACAGUCUCUGGUCUACAAUUCCCAGAUCCACUUCGUUUUAUUUGUAACCAUAUUUACAAUUGUGUAGAAGCAAAAUUCCCACUUGAAAAUAACAAUGUAAAAUCUGUUGGAGGUUUUAUAUUUUUACGUUUCAUUAAUCCUGCACUUUUUAGUCCCGACUCUCUCAAACUCAUUGCCAAUCCACCAAAUAAUGAGACUCGCCGUUCUCUCACGUUGAUCACGAAAAUUCUUCAAAACAUUUCAAAUCAAGUAAUCUUUUCUAGCAAGGAAAAGUUUUUAGAAAGAUCAAAUUCUUUUAUCUCUGGUAAAGCUGAAGAAGUUGGUAACUUUUUAAUAGAGGUUUCUAAACCUCCAACCAAAGACUGUCGCAAACUAAAAUUUGACAGUAUUAAAUGCGAAACACCAAAACUAAUCAAAUAUUUCGAUACAAUCAUCACAUCAAUCGAAGAAAAACAUCAACUAGUGUUGGAUAAUAUGCAAAAUCACACAACUGAUCAAGACUUUAUCACAAGCUUUACAAAUGAAGUCAAAUGUAUUUCUAGUUUAAUUAAAAAGCAACAAGCACAAUCUUUAAAAAACAUUGGUUAUACCACUUGA